GCCAGUGGACAGUAAGUCGGGACUGGGGCAGGGAGCGCUUCCCAGAGCUGGGGAUGGGGGCUGCCACCAAGGAGUGGAACAGUCGCGCCUCAAGGGCUGGGAGCGGCUUGAGGUGCAGAAACAGAAGGCGGGGAUGGGGACUGAGGCCAAGACAAGCGGACCCCCGCCCCCAUGGGGGAACCCAGAGCUCCUACCCCGGGGAAGUUGCCGGGGUGGACCGGGCCGGUCUGGGCCGCGGCCGAGCCAGCUGCCCGCGCGGAAGGGGUUCGGGGAACAAGGGGCGCGGGGGGCCCCGCAUCCCGCCCGUCCUCAUCCCGCCCGCGCACCUCAGUCAGCGCCCGGCGCCGCGCGGGCCAUACUCGCCGCUCCUGCCGCCGCCUCCGCCCGUGCAGAAAGCCGCCGCCGCUGGUGGCGUCCGGACCCGUUAGCUCCGCGGCUCCCUCGUCCUCCUGCAGCGGGCCAGUCCCGCCCUUGCCGGCUCUGCCCUCCCGGAGCGAGCAGCCGCCGCCGCCUCAGUCCGGCCCCUCCCCCCACCCCAGCCCGGCUAGAAGGGAAGGGUGGGGGAAGGGGGCGGCUGCCCCCUCCCCAUUCACAUCCUCUCCGUCUCUCCCCCACCCUCCUCCACCCGCACGCGCGCAGGCAUGCUGGGAUAUGGAGUGCAGCCGGCGCUGGGCUGCCUAGGGGUGCCCCACAUCCAGGACUACAGCUCCCGAUAGACAGCGCGCACGCCCUAGGGAUUGUGGGCUUUGUAGUUCGUCCGGGGCCCGGGGGUAGUCUACCGCGCAGGAGGUGGGGUCGGGGAGGGGGGGGAUGGGAAAUCUCCAUGCCCAGAAGGCUGGGCUCCAGGUGUUUGAAACAGAGGGAAGUGGGGUCUGCGGUGGCCCGGCCUCGGGUUGAAUACCUGGAUUCCCAGGGAGAUGCAAACUGUAGACCAGGAUGCCUCUCAGACGCGGCUGUGGCCAGCUGCGGCCGAGCUCGGCUCAAGGGGAAGCCUCUGGGCCCCCGAACACCGCCUCGGGGACCUUCCCCAACUUCCAAACCUAACUCAAACUCUCCAAGAACCUCCAGGUCGACCGCACUUUCGCCCUCCAAGCUUCAUCUCUUCUGGCAGAGCGGAAGCCCGUAGAUUUGUGUCACCAUCACAGGCCGGUGGAGGCUAAGUAAUCCACAUGCAACCUCACGCUCCGCCCAUAAAACCAGCUGCCAGGCCCUUCCUACAGGGGCUUGGCCUCUACACCUGAGUCACGUGCAAUGACAACAUUUUCUCACAUGCAGAAGGUACAUGAAAUUUUUUGAGUUUACAUCUAUCUCCCAGAUCUCUGUUUGCAUAUGAUUCAGGGAGAACAAAGAUGCCCUUUCAUGGGCAGGACAAAGAGACCCUCUCUCUACCUCAGCUCCAACAGAAACCCUCAUCAUCACCCUUACCACCUCCCAAUUAGACGUCAGAUUGGUUCACCCAUUUCCCCUUGCUGGUUCUGCUUUCCCAUCCCCUCCACCAAUCCAAAUUCUGCCUGACUGUCCGAAGUCUACCUUGAAUUUUCCUUCCUCCAGAAGGUUCUCCCCAACUGCUUCAGUGUAGCAUUUGGAUUUGAAUCAUUCUUUGUAAAGCCUAGUUUUGCUGGUGAACUGUCCAGUGCAAGAGAGGAAGUGGAAAAGGAAUUUGGGAGUUGGAACAUGGCACAUGAGAGCACAGGGGUUUGGAGGCAGACAGCUACUAAGUAGCAAGGUGCAAAGAGGAGAGGAACUGGCUCCCUCGCUCUCUGGGUUUCUGUUUGGGGGACAGAAGCUUAAAGUCAGACCGAUCUGGCAGCUCCCACCCCUAAUGCUGUGUGUGAUCCAGAGCAAGUUACACAAUUCUUCCAUUUGUAAAAUGGGAAUAAUAAUAAUAAAAGACCUCACUUCUUA